AUGGUCUGCAUCAUCCAAAAGCCAAACGCUUUGUGGGGACACUUCAAAUUUUGCCCAGCUUUUGUUCCUUCGGUUUGUAUGUGUGUCUGUGCCUCUUUGUCCUUCUUCUCAGCCUCUUCUUUCUCCAUCAGUGCCUGUGCCUCUUCAGCCUGUUCCUUAAUUUGUUCCACCGUCUUCUCUUUCUCUUUGGCUCUUCCUCCAAAGGCUCUGGCUCUGGCUCUUCCUCCUACACCUCCUCAAUCUGAUUCUGUAUAA